AUGAAUUUUACCCUAAAUGCAUCAGCAAAAUGGUUAAUCCAGGCAUCGCUGGGCGUUGAGGAUCCUAACACUCUUCUAGACAAAUUUUCACAGAACAGAAAGGUCGAUGACCCGACAAGAUCUUUACUUCUUACAUUUUAUGGUAUCCUGGUAGUUAUUGGAGCUGUUGGAAAUGCACUGGUUGUUCUAUCUGUGGUCAGGAAACCGGCGAUGCGUACCGCUCGCAACAUGUUCAUAGUAAACCUAGCCGUAUCUGACACCCUGGUAUGCUGUGUCGGUACUCCACUUACUCUUAUGGAGCUGCUGACUAAGCAUUGGCCCUUACCAGACUGGCCGGGACUAUGCAAAGCGUGCGGCGCGAUUCAAGCAAUAUCAAUAUUUGUAUCGACAAUAUCGAUCACGGCAAUUGCUUUGGACAGGUAUCAGCUCAUUGUAUAUCCAACGCGACAAGGACUACAAACUAUGGGUGCUCUCAUAACCAUGUUCAUCAUCUGGGUGACAGCUUUCGCACUUGCCUCGCCCCUGUACAUCUUCAGAAGUCUAAAGACGCAUAAAGUUGGCUUCAUUGGUAUGGACAUCCUCAGCUUCUGCAUAGAAGACUGGCCAAUCGCUAAUGGAAGAGCAAUCUACUCUUUCUUUAGUCUCAUCUUCCAAUACGUAUUACCUGUUCUUGUGGUUGUUGUUGCACAUGUUCAAAUACACAGACGACUCCGUGGAAGACGAAGAACGACCAGAAAAACACCAGCGAUACUCAUAGCGAUUGCCGUGACUUACGUUAUAAGUUGGUUGCCUUUGAAUGUUUUUAACCUCGUAGCGGAUUUUAGUCAAGACGCCAUUCUAGACGAGAAAACCUUAACAAUAACUUAUGCUGUCUGCCAUAUGUUCGGAAUGUCCAGUGCAGUAUCUAACCCAUUACUCUAUGGUUGGUUGAACGAUAAUUUCAGGAAAGAAUUUGAAGAGAUUCUCUGUUGUGGGCGAAAAAAAGGACAGACUACAGAGAAGCUAAGAGCAAAGAAUAAGAAAAUGGAUACAGAACUGACAGCAUUGGCGCAGAUUGAACAUACAGUUACGGCAAAUACAAAAACAUCUCAGUGCUCUCAAAUUUUCUGA